ACACACAAACAAGGAGAAAGUUGAUCUCCACCACUAAGGUACCGAUUCAACGGCAUAAUUUCGCGGCUAAAUUAGGGCUAAUUCAUCUCCAUUUCAUCUCUUCUCCCCCUUUUCUCCAUUCUUUCUAGGGUUUCCUCGCUCAAACAACCUCCAAAUAUGUCCUCUUCUUCACCAAACACCGCUCAAUUCGUCCAACAUUAACCAUUACAGCAGCAAAUUCAACACUUUCAGACACGUUAAUUCAGGUCUUCUAUUCAUACAAGAAGAUCUGAGGCUCUGUUUUGAACGAAUAUGAGCGCCUCAAGGUUCAUUAAGUGCGUCACUGUUGGUGACGGAGCUGUUGGCAAAACAUGCUUGUUGAUUUCCUACACCAGCAAUUCCUUCCCUACGGAUUAUGUGCCAACUGUAUUUGAUAAUUUCAGUGCAAAUGUCGUCGUCAACGGCGCCACUGUGAAUCUAGGCUUGUGGGACACUGCUGGACAGGAGGAUUAUAACAGAUUGAGACCAUUGAGUUAUCGUGGGGCUGAUGUUUUCAUUUUGGCAUUUUCUCUCAUUAGCAAGGCCAGCUAUGAAAACAUAUCCAAGAAGUGGAUUCCAGAAUUGACGCAUUAUGCUCCAGGAGUCCCAAUCGUCCUUGUUGGGACUAAAAUCGAUCUUCGGGAUGAUAAGCAGUUCUUCGCUGACCAUCCUAAUGCAGCUCCCAUAACAACUGCUCAGGGAGAAGAACUAAGGAAGACAAUUGGAGCUCCCUCGUACAUUGAAUGUAGUGCCAAAACACAAGAGAAUGUGAAGGGAGUUUUCGAUGCUGCCAUUAAAGUUGUCUUGGCACCCCCGAGUUCAAAGAAAAAGAAGGGAAAAGCUCAAAAAGGGUGCUCUAUAUUGUGAUCAACCUACAUCUACACCUUCUGUUUUUACCAUUCUGCCCUUUUGCUCGUCAAGGAACUCUUUGAGGCUAACCAGUGAUCUCUUACACAAAGCCGUCAUUUGGCUCAUUGCGUGUCUCCAUCAGUCACACUUCUCUUGUUAGGCCUUCCAGGUUCCUCCUGCCCCGGGUUUUGAUUUGUUCUUACGUAUUAGUUUUGUCUGAGAUCGACUUAGAUUUGAAAAGGAUAAACAUAUAAUAAAACUCGUCUUGGAUUCUUUUAUACAUUCAUUUGUAUUUGAUCGUUAAAUACUUUUGUUGAUGCAACAUUCAGCAUUCCCAACGCUCAGGAGUCGGCUAGUACCCAAUUCUUAAGCGUUUAGAACACUGAAUUUUGUUGUC